AAGCUACUGCACAGCUUGUCAGUGAAGAAGAAAGCUGGUUUACACGUGUUUACCGACACCAGAAAGAUAGGUUUUGAAUAAUUGUUUCAAAUUUAAGUUUUUUGGAUCUGGAUUGAAAUAAAACCAAACAAAAAUGCCGAAGGUCAAGGCGGAGAAGAAAAGCAGGCAGCACCAAGAGGUCAAAAACCAAGGGAUCAUGUUCAACACCGGCAUUGGCCAGCACAUCCUGAAGAAUCCAUUGAUUGUCAAUGGGAUCAUUGAGAAGGCUGCUCUGAGGCCGACAGAUGUGGUUCUGGAGGUGGGACCUGGUACUGGUAACAUGACAGUGAAAUUGUUGGAAAAAGCCAAGAAGGUGGUGGCCUGUGAGUUGGACUGCAGAUUAGUGGCUGAACUUCAGAAAAGAGUGCAGUGCACACCCAUGCAGACCAAACUUCAAAUAUUAGUUGGAGAUGUUCUAAAAACAGAUUUGCCAUUCUUUGACGUCUGUGUGGCUAAUUUACCUUACCAGAUUUCGUCACCGUUUGUCUUCAAGCUCCUGCUGCAUCGACCUUUCUUCAGGUGUGCCGUGUUGAUGUUCCAGAGAGAGUUUGCCAUGCGACUGGUUGCCAGCCCUGGAGACAAGCUGUACUGCAGACUGUCCAUCAACACACAACUACUGGCUCGCGUAGACCAUCUCAUGAAGGUAGGGAAGAAUAAUUUCCGUCCUCCUCCAAAAGUGGAGUCAAGUGUUGUCAGGAUAGAACCGAAAAAUCCUCCUCCUCCAGUUAACUUCCAGGAGUGGGAUGGCCUUGUCAGAAUAGCCUUCGUAAGGAAAAACAAAACCCUCAGUGCAGCUUUCAAGUCCACUGCGGUAGAACAGCUGCUGGAAAAGAACUAUAGAAUUCACUGCUCUGUACACAAUGUGGAAGUCCCAGCAGACUUCAGUAUCAGCAAGAAGAUUGAGAGCGUUUUGCAGGAGGCAGAUUUUUGUGAGAAGAGAGCCAGGUCCAUGGACAUUGAUGACUUCAUGGUGCUGCUUCAUGCAUUCAACUCUGCAGGGAUCCACUUUUCUUGAACCGUAGAGGGAACCGAAGGGAACAAGUCUAUGAAUCGUACGUUCUGCCUUUAUGAUGAGAGGGGAAAGAAAUAGAUUGUCUGAUUGAUAUUUCCUCCUCUGGAGCUUUUCUUGGAGGAACUGAAUUUCAAAUGUUGCAGUAGUUGGAUGAAAUAUAUACAAAGAACAUUGGAGGAUACAUUUGAAGAGCUCAUAUUGAGUGUGCUAUUUUACCCUUUUGAGAAUAGCUAAUGUGUAUGGACAACUUUCAGCAGAGGGAAGCUGUAAUAAGCUCUCUUCGUUGUUUAAGGAACUGUCAGUGUGUGUGAGAGUUAAGUCAUUGAAAAUAAUCUUUAAUGGAUGAUUAUUCUAAUCUAAAAGCAAUCUACAGUUUGUUUAAACUAUGCCAUAAUUACCUAACUGUGGGAAAGGUAAAUAUUUAACAAGUGUACAUGUUUGAGUGGUUGCAGUCUGCUAAAAUAAAUUCAGAUUUUCCACAA